AUGCUUCGCCAAACGGUCCGGACGGUUCGACGAGGCGUGAGCCAGGCGAGGGUGCGCUCGUAUGCAACGGAGUCACCAGAGUACCGUAUUGACACCCUCGAUAACGGCGUCAAAGUGGUGACGUCGCCGGUUCCCUGUCAUUUUGCGGCCGCCGGCAUCUACAUCUCUGCGGGGUCCCGCUACGAGUCCCCACAACUGAGCGGCUCCAGCCACCUCAUGGACCGGCUGUCCUUCAAAUCCACCAAAGACUACACACAAGAGCAGAUGGAGCAGAAUCUUUUGCACCUGGGCGGCAACUACAUGUGCUCGUCAUCCCGGGAAACCAUGCUGUACCAAGCGUCCACUUUCCAUGACGAUUUCAGCGCGAUGGUCGAGCUGCUGGCUGAGACGGUCACCAAGCCGCUCAUUACCCCAGAAGAGGUCUCUGAGCAGGUUCUCAACACGGAGUAUGAGAUUCAGGAGAUUUGGCAAAAGCCCGACCUGAUCCUGCCAGAAAUUGGCCACUCUACUGCAUUUUCAGACGGCCUGGGCCGCCCUCUACUGUGUCCCGAGGAGCGGCUGCCUCUAAUUACCCCGGGCAUGCUUUGGCAAUACCGCCACCAGCUGUACACUCCGUCACGUAUGACGGCUGCGUUUGUCGGUGUUUCCCCGGAUCAAGCGCUCGACCUGGCAAACAAACACUUGGGCGACCUGCCUAAAUCAACCAUCACCGUCCCGCCUCUUCAGCAAUCGACAUACACGGGAGGCGAAGCGUGCAUCCCCUUGCCAAAGCCCAUCGGCGGCUUGCCAGAGUUUUAUCACCUGCAGGUUUUGUACCGGGGUGUAGGCAUUAAUGACCCUGAUGUAUAUGCUCUGGCUACUCUUCAAGUGCUACUUGGUGGUGGCGGAUCAUUCUCCGCUGGAGGACCCGGCAAGGGAAUGUAUUCGAGACUCUACACAAACGUUCUCAACAAGUACGGCUACGUCGAAUCUGCGUUGGGCGUCAACCACUCGUACAGCGAUGACGGCCUCUUUGGUAUUACUUGUUCGACCAUACCGCAGGCUGCGCAGUACAUUAGCUAUAUCAUCGGCUCGCAGCUGUCUCUGCUGAUGACACCGGGCGAGCUCAAGACUGUGGAGGUUGAGCGGGCCAAAAACCAGCUGCGAUCACAGCUGCUCAUGAAUUUGGAGAGUCGCAUGGUUGAGCUGGAAGAUAUGGGCCGCCAAGUCCAGCUCAAUGGAACGAAAAUGCCUGUGUCUGACAUGGUGGAGCGGGUUGAUCGCCUAACUAUCAACGACCUUCAGCGGGUCGCCCGUCGUGUUCUGACCAGUGGGCCCCCGACUGUUGUUAUGCAGGGACCGCGUGAAUCGUUCGGAGAUGUUGCAGACGUUCUUGGUCAGUUUGGUUUGGGGAAAAAGUAA